AGCGGCGAAGUAAAUAGUAAACAAACCGUUUAAAAUAUUGUUGUCACUACUUUAAGACGCUUUUGAAAUAUUGAUGUAAGAAAUAAUAGCAUAGAAAUCUGUUUUCAUAGAUUUUACUAUUUCAGAAACUUACUUUUGCUGGAAUUUAUUGAUACAGUUUAUGGAGAUCGAGAAUCUUGGUUUAGCAUGGAAUGUUGUUACAACGUAUCUGGGCCCCGAUAACGAGGCUAGAAGAUCAUGUAGCCCUGACGAAUUCACUUCAGCUCUUUCAUAUCUGCACAGACAUGGCUUGUCACACAUAAUUAAAGAAUAUUUUUUAGCAUCGCUUAAAGAUGAUCUGCAUGACAACAUAAUUCCCGGAUUUUGGGAUCGUUUUGAAAAUUCCAGUGUUGGAAGAUACCAAAAGUUCCCAGAAGCCCUAGAUUAUAUCUAUGAUCAUUUAAAGACUUAUUAUCUUGCAAUUGAUGAGUUGCAAAUUUUACAAGACAACCUAAAAUCACAGGCUUUGCCUUCGAAUACUUCAUCUAACAUCCAAUAUGUUGAACCAGUUAUUAAAGAAGAAGUGCUUUCUACAGCUAGAUCUCUCACAUUUGCAAAAUGGCCUGUUGAUUUCAGAGCUGUGUUGGUGGAUUUUUUUGAACAUUCCUUUAAAGUUUAUGAGUGUUACAGGAAGAUCUCAAAAGAUAAAGGUUCUGAAUCUUUCUGUGAAAUUCCUGUAGAUGGCAAAUGCUGCUGCAAAGAUUUUGUGAAUACUUUUUCCACUUCGAUCAAAAAGUUGUAUGAAUUACAUUUUUUUGAGACUGUAAUUGGAGAUGUGCCAAUUAAUGUUGCUCAAGAUAUAGUAAAAAAGCACAUACAGGAUGUCUGUAAAGGAAAUUUUGAAACUCCUCUUCUAGAUAAAUUAUACCUGUGGAUUGUUACUGACAUUGUGGAAUGGUUCUGCUCUAUCUUUUAUGAAUACACAGACAACUCAAAACCAGUAGAUCGAUUAGAAAAGUAUAAAGAAAGAUUAGUCAAUAUUCUACACGAGGCAUAUGCUGAAGUGAGAAUGAAACAAUUAUUUGAUAUUAUAAUUGAAUUUCCCGAAUCUCAAAAUGCUCUUUUGGACUUAAAGGAAUGUUUGGCGCUAACUAAUUUGCGGCCAAAACUAAUUACAACUCUUAAAACUUCACUUGAAACUAGACUUCUACAUCCAGGUGUGAAUACAGCUGAUAUUUUAACAGCCUAUAUAUCAGCAAUCAAAGCUUUGAGAGUACUUGAUCAUACAGGAGUUGUUUUGCAAGUUGUAAGCGAACCUGUUUGUAAAUAUUUAAAAUCACGUGAUGAUACUGUUAGGUGCAUUAUAUCAAGCCUUCGAGAAGAUAGUUGUGGGGAGCUUGCAUGUGAACUUAUGAAAGGAGUUCCUUUGAAAUUGGAAGAUAAUUAUUCUAACGAAGAAGAAGCAGAUGAUUGGGAAAAAUGGUGUCCUGAUCCUAUAGAUGCUGAUCCAACAAAAUCCACAGAAUGCCAACGCUCCUCAGACAUAAUUGGCAUUUUAGUUAACAUUUAUGGAAGCAAGGAGCUGUUUGUAAAUGAAUACAGGAGUCUUCUGGCUGACAGAAUCUUGACGACUUUCUCCUAUAAUACAGAGCGUGAGAUUCGGUAUUUGGAGCUACUGAAACUGAGGUUCGGUGAAUCUCAGCUGCAUUCUUGUGAAGUGAUGCUGAGAGACAUUGCGGAUUCCAAACGUUUAAAUGCUCAUUUGAAUUCAACUGAAUCAAAGAAUUAUGAAAGUGGGGAUUUUCCUGUGAAUACCAUGAUCUUAUCUGCUCAGUUCUGGCCUUCCUUCAAGGAAGAAAAAAUUAAGCUUCCUGAGUACAUUUGGGAGCAUCUGAAGAAGUAUACCAAGGCCUUUGAAUCACUCAAGGGAAAUCGAACGCUCGUGUGGAAACCUCACUUGGGCAAUGUUGACUUAUGCAUUGAAUUGAAGGGCAGAACUCUGAAUGUAUCUGUGACACCUGUUCAUGCUACCAUUUUAUGGCAUUUUCAAGAAAAGCCUCGUUGGAGUAUAAAUGAAUUAAGUACAGAAAUACAGCUGCAAGCAUCAGUAUUGCGACGAAAAAUUACUUUCUGGCAGAGUCAUGGUAUUCUCUAUGAAGAAGAAACGGAUGUCUUCGUUUUGACUGAGGACCAGAAUACUACUAACCAAGAAUCAGUCGUUAUGAUUGAAGAGGAAGAAGAAUCUGUCACUGCAUCUUCACAAGAAAUGAAAGAGGAAGAGCUACAGAGAUUUUGGUCUUUCAUUGUUGGAAUGUUAACAAAUAUGGACUCGUUGCCUUUGGAGCGUAUUCAUAGCAUGUUAAGGAUGUUUGCAGUUCAAGGCACCAGCACAAAUGAAUGCUCUAUACAGGACAUGAAGCAAUUUCUAGAAAAAAAAGUUAGAGAUCGACAGCUUGUGUAUUCUGCGGGAAUGUUUAAACUACCAAAGUUUGAUUCAUAA